AUGGGAUCAGACAUCAAAGACCCACUGGAACUACCAUGUGGGUUAGUUCUGCCCAAUCGUUUAGUGAAAGCUGCUAUGGCUGAAGGGAUGGCAGAAAGUGGGCGAUUGCCAGGGACGCCCAUUUUUCGUAAACACGAAAAAUGGGCGAAGAGGGGAUGGGGUGCUCUUCUCAUAGGUAGGAGGAUAUUGAAUGACUCUGAGGCUUCGGCGAUCUGGCUACACGUGAGUAUCAAGGAGUCCCCGAGAGGUGUAAGUGACCGUGGAAUUUUGGAUAAACCUAUCGCACCGAGUGAGAUUGCCCUCUAUAUCGGUAAUAGGUUAGUUACGACUAUUAUUCAAAAGGCCGUGCCUAAGACCUUCUACGUUAAGAUCAAAUUAAACUCUGCCGACCACAGCAGAGUAGCUUUCGAAGACACGCUAACUCAAAUUAGUCUCUUUUCUAAGGCUGGUAUAGAUUUUCUUGAAAUAUCUAGCGGAACUUAUGAAGACCUAACGAUAAUAGGCCGUGGGUUGCGAGACGAAACUACUAAUUCCCAGAGCCUAGCUACAGAAUCUCGAGAAGCGUUCUUUUUAGACUUUAGGACACAAAUAAGGAAGCGAUUCCCAAACUUAAUUCUUAUAGUCACCGGAGGAUUUCGAACCCGAAAGGGAAUUGAGACUGCAUUGAAGCGUGGGGUUUGCGAUCUUGUCGUUAUCGGUCGGCCGGCAGUUCUGAACCCAAAUUUCCCACAGCUCAUGAUGGAUGAUGCAUAUUCCGAUAAAAAAGCCCAGGUGGUCUUUUUCAAAGUUCAAAUUCCCUUAUUGGUGACUCUUCUCAAAAUCAGAAUGUGGGAGGAGGCGCAGAAACACAAUGAUUCCGGGCUCAAAUCUAUCGCAUAG